AUGGCGUACAAAACUCUGAUCCCGGUGUCGGGCUUCAAAGGCUCCGGCCCGCCGACCGAAUUCAGGGAAGUCACCGUCUGGGAGAACAACGAAUCGUCCGACGACUCCACCGGCAAACGCGCCAGGAGAAAGAAGAAGGAAAAGCCGUACAGGCCCUUGAUCGGCAGGAUCAACAAGUUCAGCUCCUACGACAUCCUCCGCUUCCGCGACGAGGGCACGGCACACGCCCACGCGAUGAAGAUCUCGGUCCUCAAAGAGGGUCAAUGGGCCGGCACCGUCUACUACAUGGCCGACCUGGAUCAGCUCGCUUCGCUGGCCGGCUUGAAAAUCCCCUUCACUUCGAGAGUCAUCCACAACGGCAGCCCUGACGCGCAGCCCUCGGUUCUGGGCGAUUGGCUCAAGGAGUACACGGCCGGAGAUGUCAUGACGCCGCUGGUGAAGCUUCUCCAAUACGUCCGCAAGAACUGGAUCGGUCCGGAUAAGGAGUAUGCCGGAUACGAGCUGAGGGUCUUUACGGAUCCGUUCAGGGCCGACGGCUACCCUCCCGAGUGGCAUGUCGAAGACACGAGUGUUCCGGACACUACCGCUGGAGUACUGGAUCCCUCUCCGCUGGUCGUCGUCACAGCCUUGAAGGGUCCUGGCACGUUGUUCCUGCGCAACAGGGCGCUUGGCUGGAAGAACUAUGACGAAGAGGGCUGGGAGGAGUACCAGGCUGCUGCUGAGAAGGAUCAGCUUCGGACUGGAGAACUUGGCAUUUUCAUUCCUAGUCCUUCAAACUCAUUGACGCGCGCCGGUAGGAUGAUCGGUGCUCUCCAUGCAAGGCCGGAUGAGCAAGACGGCGAUCGGGUCGUCGCACAGUUGAUACUCAGCACCAAACGCCAGAUGAAAGGGUAUGUGGACGACCAUAAGGAGACGCUCGAGCGGAACCGUCUUCUGGGGUUGCUCGACGACGAUGAUGAUAACAAGGACGAUGAGGACGAUGAGGACGGUGACGGUGAUGACGAAGAGGACGAGGGUGAGGAUGGCGAUGAUGAAGAAGACGAUGACGAGUAG